CAAAAGCCAACGGGCACAGAGAGAUGGCGAGUAGUAUCGAACGGGAUCCGGUGCGGAGCGUACUAACGGCGCGCCAUAUUGACAAUCGCUACCUGAGGACGGGGUGCACGGGAAAAACGUGAAAAUGCGACUUGUUCACAAUUAACUGUCGGAUCGGUGUUUGGAAAGUGUUUGCGACGUUGGAGUGUCUGUGUUGAAUUAUGUGUGUGGGUUAAUUUGCCGCUUGUGACUACUUUUUGGAUAUUUUUAUUGUACCUACCUACCUACCUGUUCGUCAACUCAGAAAUCAUGCACACACCUGAAAGCACGUUAGAGAGAGGACAAGGCCCACCACCGUAUUCCGCCCCCGUAUCAGCGGACUCUGCAGACCACGAAAAAGUGAUCAUACCCCACAUACUCUCGUUGCCAAAUCCAGACGAAUGUGAUAACUUGUCCGAAAGCUUGGUGUGUCUCCAAGAUAUUCGGAAUUUGGCCAACGAUUCGGCAGUGGUUAAUAUACCUCCAGUGGGACAGGACAGUUCUCCAGACACUCCACAACCAGCCUAUGACUUGAAGCAAGGAUGGAUGAAUGGGAUCUUUGGAUGUCUAAGGCCCGUUCUAUCUAUUAUAGGAAAAGGGGUCGUCGAAAAUAAAAAUGUACCAGAUCAUAAUAUUAAAGGUGUGGACUUUGAGUUAAGAUGUCCCAGAUGUUCCAAUCUAAUAGACAAGUUGACAGUCUUUCUCUGGAUAAACUUAAAACAUUUACUCGAGCAUCAAACACUGAUUUUCCUCCACAGAAUACCUAAGGGCAUGGUUCCCGAUUAUUUGAUAUACGUACUCAAAAAAUAUUACAUAAUACCACAACGCAAAGAAGAUGAUUGGGAGAUCCCCUUUGAGAAGAUCACACAGCUCACUUUUCUGGGAUGUGGCGCCCAAGGAGCCGUAUUCUCUGGCAUGCUUAACGACCUCCCCGUAGCAGUAAAAAAAGUUAACGAACUGAAGGACACCGACAUCAGGAACUUACGUAAACUCAAUCAUCCGAACAUCGUCAAGUUUCAAGGUGUUUGCACCCAGGAACCAUGUUUUUGCAUCGUCAUGGAGUUUUGCCCUUAUGGCACUUUGUUCAAUUUGCUCAAGACCCAGGCCCAAGCUGUCACCAUCCAGAGAGUUGUCAAUUGGUCCAAACAGAUUGCCAGUGGGAUGAAUUACCUGCACAUGCACAAAAUCAUUCACAGGGACUUGAAGAGCCCAAACGUAUUAAUUGGCGAAGACGAAGUGAUAAAAAUCAGCGACUUCGGUACUUGUCGAACCUUCAAUGGCAUCAGCGAAAAAAUGACAUUCGCAGGUACAGUCGCCUGGAUGGCCCCAGAAGCAAUACAAGAAAAAGCUUGCAGCGAAAAAGUAGACAUUUGGUCGUUCGGAGUGGUUUUGUGGGAGCUUCUCACCUGCGAAGUACCGUACGAAGGUCUUGAGCAAAGCGCCAUCAUGUACUCCGUUGGCAGUGGCAAACUGACGCCCCCCAUUCCCGAGUCGUGUCCAGACGGAUUCAAAUUGAUAAUGCAAAUCUGUUGGAAAAUGAACCCCAAAGAGAGACCUUCGUUCAAACUCAUAUGUAACCAUCUCGAAAUUGCGUCGGUUGAAAUUUUAGCCAAAUUCGAAGACAAACCAUUCUUCAUCACCCAAGAAAAUUGGAAGCAGGAGAUCAAAACUCAGAUCACACAGUUCGUGGAACAAUUCCAAAAAACACAGAUUGAAUAUAAACUAAAGGAAGAACAGCUAAUUGAAAAGAGGCAAAUGGAAAUAAAACACAUCAAAGACAUUCGGGAAUUGUACGAUAGAAAAUUAGAAAAGGUUAAUCAACUGUACAUGGAACUGAAUGCUGCUCUGCAAUAUAUUGAUAAAUUCAGGCACGCCGGACGCAAAAAGAGGGUAUUUCCGGUACUAAAGAAAAAUGAGAGACGUAGAUCCAGCAACCAGAGUACCACCCCAACAAGUCCUGAUUGUAGCCUGACAAGCCCAGAUACUCCCCAAUUGACCCCGGCGAAAUUACCCCUCUAUGCAACAUUGAACGAUACAACAGAUUCAGUAUCUCAGACCACACAAACAUCAAUAUCCACAAGAAAGCGACAUUAUCGAACAAACUCCAGUUCACCCAGAGGAUCGGGAUGCUCCAGGAUAUCACGAACAUCCACGGUCACAGAUGCAGAAACUCAAACCGACAGUAUGGACGUCAGCGAACCGGAUCUCAGCCCAUCUACGAGUUUUUCAAGUCAAGUGACCAUGUAUCCUCAAAGGGUGAUCUUACAGGAGUUCAGGAACAGCGAAGAUGAUGACGAACGAGUUAAUGGGAAUUCGGUGCAGUUACACUAUAUGGCCCAGCAUUCACAACCAUCUGUUCAGGUGUUUACAAGGGUGGACUCCAGGAGUACAAGCCCCAUACUGUUUAAUCAAGAUGAUGACACCAUAAACCGAAACAUGGAUCAUCCCAGAUUAUCCAGCGAUGAAGAGAACUUGGAAACUUUGGGCAGAAAAGUGUCCGAAAUGAGAAUAAGCACGUUAUUCUCUUCGGAAAAUGGUAAUCUCACUGACGAUUUGGGUGAAAUUAUCCGGAAGAAGGCCAGCUGUGACACAAGAGAUAGCACAGAAGACGCUGCCAAUGAUAGCUUCACUGAUGAAGAGGGAGAAAUUUGUAAUCAUUCAUUGAGAAGACGAAGCGUUGCUCGACGGCCCAUAUACCCUGGACGUCGCCCCAACAGAUACAAAUUCAACCACCAUUAUCAAAGAGAACAACAGAACGCCUCGGACGAAGGCAACACAUCAGAAUACUCAGUCUCUCCCUCCAGCAAAAGCUCCACUCUGGAAUCGAAUCCUGAAAGGAUACGACUACCGAAUAUCUCCCUGAAACGACCCAAUCUCUCUGACGGUUCAUCGGAAAGCGAGUCCGAGGAGAACAUGACCAUCGUCACUCAAUUGUCUUUUAGGAAUAAAACAGAGAAUGCAGUCUGAAUUGCGAUUUAGUUUAGUUUUGUAAAACGUUAAUUGUACAUUAAAUGUAUGUAGGUUUUUCGAAAGAGACAUUAAUUUGCAUAUUUUCCUAAACAUGGAAAUACAUUACCUGUUAGCUUAAGCCUUUGAUAGUUAUAAUCUCAUAAGUUUUUCUUAGGGUAUAAGAGAAAUGUUAUGAAUUGAAUCAAUCUGAUUACCUUUAUUGUACAAUUUUCUGAUUUUAUUAUUUAUACAUGCAUAGUUGUGCAUUUUGUGCAAUAAAUGUAUACUUACUAGUAUUAUGUACUUAAUUUAACUUUUAACGCAUAUACAUAUAAGAACAGAAAUGAUUUCAGUUUCAGUCUUGUUAUUGUAAUAAAAUUUGAGUCUCUUGUUUGUGACAUUAAAGUGUUGUUAAAUAUGUCAACGCAUCAUUCAUAUUUUUACAUUUGUAGACUGUUUUUAUACUCUAUUGAAACACCUUUUUUGAAACGUAUGGCCUUUGCCAGCUUUUUUGGCAGUUUUUAUAAUUGGAUGACGUAUUUUUAUAGGACAUAUUAUGAUGAACAGUAUUUUUAGAUAUUCAUUUGCUUUGAAAAUAAUGCACCUGUAUAAAAUUAUAUGCGAACAAAAGUUAAUAAUUAUCGUGAUGUUUGAUAUUUUAAUUAAUUUAUUUUUUUAUACCCAUACAUUCCAUUUUUUCUAUUAUUUAAAUGUGUUUGAAUUAGUUAUAUUUAUUUAUUAUUUACCUGUUUCAAGGUAGCUAGCUACAUUUAAUGUUAUGCUAUAUAUUUAAAGAAGUAAAGAAAUAAAUUAUCUGAAUAUAUUUAUCAAAAUUUCUAUUGUACCGUUUUAAACCCACUUAAAUAUUUAUAACCAAAUAUUAUAUUAUACAUUCCAUGUUUAUUGUUGAAAUUCGUCCGAACACAUUUAGACCAAUUACAUUUUUUACGAGAUUGUAUAGUCCAUAACCAUGAAGAAUGUACAAAUUGUUUAUAUUUUUUAGGAUAUAGAAAAUUGUGCUCUAAUCAUUUUCGCUGAAAAUUUGUUGUAAAAAGUAGAAAUUACUUUGUAUACUUCUUACAUUCCAUUUUUGGGAGUUGUCCUCUUAGUAUUGUUAGGCAGAUUAAGUAAGUCUGUUUGGCUUUAUAAUUGUCAAUGAAUUUGAAUAAUUAUUGAAAUAUAUAUUGUCAUCAAUAAAAUAUUU